UCGCGUCUGUUCCCGCGCGUCGCUGCUUCCCCGGGUGGCGGGAUGCUGGGGAAGGGGGGAGUCGGCGGGGGCGGCGGCACCAGGGCGCCCAAGCCGUCCUUCGUGUCGUACGUGCGCCCUGAGGAAAUUCACACAAAUGAAAAGGAAGUAGCUGAGAAGGAAGUAGCUCUUCACUUGUUGCCAGGUGAACAACUGCUUUGUGAGGCCAGCACAGUACUGAAGUAUGUUCAGGAAGAUUCCUGCCAGCGGGGAGUCUAUGGGAGACUCGUCUGCACGGACUUCAAGAUUUCCUUUCUGGGUGAUGAUGAGUCUACAUUGGACAGUGCUGAAACUCAUUUUAAGAACAAGAUUAUAGGAGAAAAUGACAUAACGCUCCACUGUGUUGAUCAGAUUUAUGGAGUGUUUGAUGAGAAAAAAAAGACUCUCUUUGGACAACUGAAGAAAUACCCUGAGAAACUCAUCAUCCACUGCAAAGACCUCCGUGUGUUCCACUUUUGCCUGAGGUACACAAAGGAAGAGGAAGUCAAAAGGAUUGUCAGUGGGAUAAUUCAUCAUACCCAGGCUCCUAAGCUGCUGAAACGAUUGUUUCUGUUUUCCUAUGCAACUGCUGCCCAAAACAUUAUAGCCGCCAGUCCGAAGAACCAUACAGUAAUGUUUGACACACUGAAGGACUGGUGCUGGGAAUUGGAGCGGACCAAGGGCAAUGUGAAGUAUAAAGCAGUGAGUGUCAACGAAGGCUACAAAAUCUGUGACAGGUUGCCAGCAUACUUCGUUGUCCCCACCCCGCUUCCUGAAGAGAAUGUGCGGCGCUUUCAGGGUCGUGGCAUACCAAUAUGGUGUUGGUCCUGCCACAAUGGAAGUUCCCUUUUGAAGAUGUCAGCACUGCCCAAAGAACAGGAUGAUGGCAUUUUACAAAUCCAGAAGAGCUUCUUGGAUGGGAUUUACAAGACCAUCCACAGGCCACCCUAUGAAAUUGUUAAAACUGAGGACCUAUCUAACAACUUCCUACCCCUUCAGGAAAUCCAGGCGGCAUACUCUAAAUUUAAGCAGCUGUUUCUCAUAGAUAACAGCACUGAAUUUUGGGACACUGAUAUAAAGUGGUUUUCUCUGUUGGAAAGUAGCAGCUGGUUUGACAUAAUCAGACGUUGCCUGAAAAAAGCAAUAGAGAUUACAGAAUAUCUGGAAGCACAAAAUAUGAACGUUCUUCUUUUAGAAGAGAAUGCCUCUGACCUCUGCUGCCUCGUCUCCUCUCUGGUGCAAGUGAUGAUGGACCCCCACUGUCGAACCAGGGCUGGUUUCCAGAGCCUCAUCCAAAAGGAGUGGAUCAUGGGUGGCCACUGCUUCUUGGAUCGCUGCAACCACCUACGCCAAAGUGAGAAGGAGGAGGUUCCUGUGUUCCUGCUUUUCUUAGAUUGUGUCUGGCAGCUGGUGCACCAGUUUCCUCCGGCCUUUGAAUUUACAGAGACUUACCUGACUGUUCUGUCAGACAGCCUGUACAUACCCAUUUUUAGCACCUUCUUCUUCAAUUCACCUCAUCAAAAAGAUGCUAACAUGCAGGGUAGGGAAAGCCUGGAUUCACAAAGCAAGCCUUUGACUCCGUUCACCGUAUGGGAUUGGUCUAUACAGUUUGGAUCCAAAGCCCAGACGUUGCUCAGAAACCCUCUUUAUGUCGAAAAGUCAAAACUGGACAAAGGCCAGCGGAAAGGAAUGCAUCCCAAACAUCGACGACAGCUAUCUUUGCCACUCACCCAGUCUAAGUCAUCUCCCAAAAGAGGAUUUUUCAGGGAAGAAACAGAUCAUUUAAUUAAAAACCUCCUGGGCAAGAGAAUUAGCAAACUGAUUAAUUCUUCUGAUGAGCUUCAAGACAACUUCCGGGAGUUCUAUGACAGUUGGCACAGCAAGCCUACCGACUACCAUGGCUUGUUGCUACCUCGUAUAGAGGGACCAGAAAUCAAAGUCUGGGCCCAGCGCUACUUGCGUUGGAUUCCAGAAGCCCAAAUCGCAGGUGGUGGCAGAGUGGCCACGAUGAGCAAACUGUUUGAAAUGAUGGAGGAAGUCCAGAGCUUACAAGAGAAACUCAAUGAGAGAUGCCACCCCCAGGAACCCCUCCAGACUGAGACCCCCUGCCUGCUGCGAAACUCUGCUCGCCUCUCCUCCCUGUUCCCCUUUGCUUUACUCCAGCGGCAUUCGUCCAAGCCCAUCUUACCCACCAGCAGCUGGAAAACUUUGGGAGAUGAAGAAGAUCUGGCUAAACGAGAAGAUGAGUUUGUGGACCUCGGCGAUGUGUGACCUGUGCAUCGGGUCGUUGUUAUAGGACAGUGUGAGAGAUUGGGACAGUUGAUCCCAGGCUUAGUGUUAGGCUCAUCUAAUCCUGGGAGGGUCGUUAGCCCAGCACUGUGGUGGAGAAAACCAGGGACUUCAAAAGAGCCGAUUCUUGGGUUUUUGCUUUUGUUUUUUUUUUUUAAAUCCUGAAAGACUAUGCAAUUAAGACUAUUUCUCUGGCAUUAAUAAUUGGAAGGAAUUACAACUUGACCCAUCAUAGGAUUAUGACCAUUUUCUGAUGCCUAAGUAUUGUACAAAACCUGCAGUUGCCAGUUUACUGCCAGAAAAGGGCUUUGGUAAGAUAUCCUUGGACUUGAUAACUUCCACUCUUUUUCUGUGCCAAGAUCACUUAUCCAGUCACUGGAGACACUGAGUUCUCUAGAACCCAUUUUAAAAGGAGCAAUUCAACUUGAUGUGAUACUUGCAUGGGAAUGGAAAUCUUCUGACAGGUGUUCAGAUGCACUUACCUAAACCAUAGCAUUUUUCCUUUCCUUGUCUGUCAGAAACCUGGGAAAUGCCACAAGUGUCACUUGCCCUAAUGCUUCAGAGCAUCCUCCCUCCUGCCUAGACUGUGUCACCCCAUGUGGGGUGGAAGGACCAGCCAGUGCCCUCCACCUGUGCUGGCAGCUCCAGGUCCUCCUCUGAGCUGCCCUACAGCGCUUGCCGCUGACCCUCUGCUCCCCACCCCAAUGCACAAAGUCCCAGGGUCUUGCUGCUGACUUUACACGGCCGCAUUGGAAGGUUGGGUCCCUGUCGGUUUUUCCAGAGAAGCUUCCAUUCCUCUGUCAGCGUGGAACUCCUGCUUUGCCGCUGGGUUGUCACUGGCUGAUGCUCUUGGGUGCAGGUGCGGGGGCCGCCCUGCAGCAGCUGCCCAGCCGGCUUCCUCGCAUUCUCCGUUCCUCUCACAGACUCAUGGGUGGGUCUCCUUUGAAUGUGGCUUUCAUAGGAAAGCAGUUAGACAUAAAUUUCAGAAGUGAUGUCUAUCACAUGAUACCUCAGUGAAUUAAGAAGCCAUAGAAGAAAUUUGGUGAUGCCUCGUCACCUUCUUGAAUCUGCUGUCUAAGUGAGAAGUAUAUUUUCCUAUUUUUUUUUUUUAAGCAAGGAAGUGUACUUUGUAAAGACUUGUUUUUGUUUUUGGUUUUUCAUUUUCAGUGGCACCCUGUCAAAACCCAGAAAAGGAAGGGAAAAAAGCUUACAUUAGAGUGUUUCAAAUCAAAUGUAUCCUUUUUUAGAGACACCUGCUUUUCAGGCUAGAUCUCAAAUUGAAUGUUACAAACAGGUUUAGGGAAAGUUUUGGUAGCUCAAAGGUGAUAAGAAAUGUUUAAACUGUUGGCCAAGUGGAAUUUCUGUUUGCACUUCAUUGUCUGUCCAGGCAGUAAGCUGUUUGUUCUCCCCUCUGCGUGUUGACGCAGGAGCCUUGCUGCUCUGUCACGAUGACCGGGCCCAGGGGAGGGUAGAUUCGUGCAUCUGGGGGCCAAACACGUAUUCAGUCUCGGUUGCCUUAAGAGCUUUGAACGAGGUCAAUGUCAGGCUUGCAAUAGGGAUUUCUGAAGUGCGCUAGUUGCUUCGCUACCUUCACUUUUGUUCUGUAGGCCUUGUUAAACUAGCACUAACCUCCUCCCCUCGGCCCGUUGCCUCCCUAAUACACUAUGGAGCUCUUUUUGUUACGACAUUGUAACAUGAAUAUUUAUACUGUGGCCUCUUACAGUCUUAGUAAUUUUCAUUCCAGAAAUGCCUCGUGUGAUGCUUUAUACGUCACAAAGUAUAAUUUAAAGGCACAAGGUCAUGGCCCUUGUCAUAGCAGUUGAAUGUGUGUUGAGAUAUUUUUGUAUGUUUUUUUAAAAUUACAAUAGAAAAUAAGUAAGCUGUUGUAACAUGUCAGGUCAUGACAAUUUAUGUAUUUAUAUUUGAAAUCAGAUUUCUAUAUCUGUGUGUAUAGGCUUCUCAGUGGGUUUAUAUAUUGUGAAAUUUUUAUUCAGGAUCGAGAUGUGGAUUAUACCUAACAGUAAAAGCUGAAAUGAGACACUUUUGCUUUGUUUCAAAUGCUGCACUGUGCAAGUAUGGAAAUGUACAUUAACUUACUGUAUAUAAUAUCUUGAGUUUGUUUAUACCUCCAAGUUUUUACACUGAAGAUAAACUAGCUUUAAUUACAUGCAGAACUUAACUCUUUCUUAAGGGAAUAAGCUGUUGGGCUAAAUCUGUAUAAAUGUGCUUUUUAUUUUCUGGAGGCACAGUGGACGUUUAUACUUGUAUCUUACUGCAUCGUCUCUGAUGGCAGAAAUUAAAGCACAACUUACAAACCACUGGA